CAACCACCGCGGGGCGGGGCUCGCGCGGCGGCCCUUGCCGCUGUGGGGGAGGGAGCGCUGUGCAAGCGGGCGCUUGUGAGCCCCGCGCCUCUGCCUAGGCACCUCCCGCCGGUCCCCUUCUCCCCGCUGCGAGCAGCCGGGGCCUCCUCCAUGCGGGAGAGGAGAAGGCGAGAGCUGCUGGCCGGCCAUCCCCGGCGCCCGGCAAGCCGGAGCCGAGCCGCCGCCGCGCCGCUUCUGCCGCAUCUCUCCGCGGCGCGCUGAGCUCUGCCCGUCGCGCCGCCCCCUCCCUCAGUCCUUCCCCCCCCCCCCGCCCUCAGCCGCCCGUUUUAUGUUUUUUUGUUUUUUUUGUUUUGUUUUGUUUUUGUUUUUUUCAUCCCCUCACCUCCUCGGUUUUCAUCCUGGCCGCGAGCAAAGUGUCUUCAUGAGCGCAGAGGAUGUCCGGGAAGCACUACAAGGGGCCUGAAGUCAGUUGUUGCAUCAAAUAUUUCAUCUUCGGCUUCAAUGUCAUCUUCUGGUUCCUUGGCAUAGCAUUUCUUGGGAUUGGAUUGUGGGCAUGGAAUGAAAAGGGAGUGCUGUCCAACAUCUCUUCCAUCACUGACCUGGGUGGCUUUGAUCCAGUUUGGCUCUUCCUAGUGGUAGGAGGAGUUAUGUUCAUUUUGGGAUUUGCAGGAUGCAUUGGAGCUUUGCGAGAAAAUACCUUUCUCCUCAAAUUUUUUUCUGUGUUUCUUGGAAUUAUUUUCUUCUUGGAACUCACUGCUGGUAUUCUAGCAUUUGUUUUCAAAGACUGGAUCAAGGACCAGCUGUAUUUCUUUAUAAACAACAACAUCAGAGCAUACCGAGAUGACAUUGAUUUGCAAAACCUCAUAGACUUUACGCAGGAAUAUUGGCAGUGCUGCGGGGCUUUCGGAGCUGAUGACUGGAACCUUAAUAUUUACUUCAAUUGCACAGAUUCCAAUGCAAGUCGAGAGCGCUGUGGUGUGCCAUUCUCUUGCUGCACUAAAGACCCUGCCGAAGAUGUUAUUAAUACCCAGUGUGGCUAUGAUGCAAGGCAAAAACCAGAAGUUGAUCAGCAGAUUGUUAUCUACACUAAAGGCUGUGUCCCUCAAUUUGAGAAAUGGUUGCAGGACAAUCUUACCAUAGUUGCGGGUAUAUUCAUUGGGAUAGCAUUACUGCAGAUAUUUGGGAUUUGCUUAGCCCAGAAUUUGGUUAGUGACAUUGAGGCUGUCAGAGCCAGCUGGUAAAAACUGCUGAAGUAACCACAACAAGACACUGGACAACCGAAACCCUCUGAAACCUCCAGUGUGUCGCUCCGACACCAAGCUGUAUGGACACGAGUGACAGGGAAACCUUCUCUCCCACAUAGUCUCAAGUUUAAGUUCCUGAUAUUGCAGUGAACUCUUAUUUCUUUGGGGUGAGGAAGAGAGGAGUGGGCUCUUUAAAAUCUGCUGCUCACUGACAAUUUUUUUUUUUUUUUGCUUUAAGCCACCAGUUUGAAAGCUGUUGAGCCGUGAAUCUCUACUGUAUUCUUGAUCCUGAGUAACAAGUGGACACUUUUUAAAAAUCGGUGUGUGCAGUGGGACAGAGUUGCAUCAUUGUAAUCUGUGGAUAUACUGUUUAUUCUUCAUGUUGUGAGCUCUUAGUAGCUGCCAAAUAUUCCUGAGAUGGUCACUCACCUCACCACUCUCAAAAGGAACAGUCUUCUUCACAGAUAAACGUAGCUACAGGCCUAAACUCAUCAAGCAGGAAGCAACUUUCUAUGCAUCUAUUGUACAGUAAAUGAAACUGUUUUUAAAACAAGGGAAAGUUAGUUUUUUGGUGUGUGUGUGUGUUUUUUUUUUUUAACGCAAGCUUCCAGCCAUCUCCGUGUAGUACUUUGAAGGUGGAAUCAGCAAGCUCACAGAGAGAACCGCCUAAUUUUAUCAGCGUCUUUCUUCCUUUCCUCCACCCUUGUAUGAAGGGAAAGGAGUUUUAUAUUUGACAAACAAGGGUUGUAGAGCCUUUGGUUGCUGCCACAUCUUAGGACAUCAGUCUCUUAAGGCAAGAAUGGGAUAUAACUGUAUAAAUGUAUGAAAGCAAUGUGGAUGUUGGGUCCAAGUGAAUAUUAUUAUUCAAAGAAUGAAUUAUAUAUUAACUUAAAAAAAUAAUCAAAGCAUAUGUAUCUGAUAUGGCUAAAUCUUUUUUCUCUGGAAUUUAGUGUAACCUAAUAUAUUUAGGGAUCUCACUAAUAUUAGUGCUUUGAUAUGCUUGUACAAAACUUCUUUUAAGAUGAUUUCUUGGUCUGUUGCUAUCUGAAGCUUUGGUCUUUCUCUUUUAUUUUUUUUUCCUUCAAUUCUUUUCACUUGCAUGAGCUGUAGAGUAAGAAUCUGUGACACUCCAGUGCUUUAAUUCUGUGCAUAUGUUUUAAUACAGUCUAAUCCAAACUUAUUUAUUGGUAAAUGCAUGUGAUUAUGGGAAGAUCAUAUCCCAUUCCUUUGGAACUUGGAGAGAAUAGCUUUUACCAGAGUAAAUGCUUACUUCCGGUGGACAAAUUCUUGCUAUGAAGAUAUGUGUCCCAUUGUUCCUUAAAAUGCAACAAAAAAAUUCCUUGAAGCAAUUGAAUAGAAGUUCUAAAAUGGAAAACAUACUCUUGAAAUGGACAAAGGAGCAGAAUUUGGAAUCAAGCUCAAAUAAUGGAAGAAGAAUUAGAUCAGACUCCAUCCAUCUUAAAGUUUGAUUUGUUGUUCUUCAAAAAUAAUAAUGAAUUUACAAACGUGGCCAUGACUUGGGUAGUUUCAUCACACUUUGUACAAAUUAAGCUUCUUUUCUGACCCUUUUCAGUAUCUGCAGAAUCAGCCUUGAAAGCUAUGCGCACAUUGCUCCUGCUUUGGUAAAAGAGCGGUUAAAAAGGUGUGUAGCACCUCUUUGCAAGAGGUGACUUUUCUAAGGAGUACAUGGAUUAGAAGAGAUUAAUGCAUUGUUUUCCAAGUGUCCCUGCUGUGGGGGAUGGAUAGGAGGCUGCUGUGGUGGCCUAUUAAGGUCUUUUCUGGUCCCACGGCUCUUAAACAUGUGGUUAUACGUACCCUUGUACAUUUUGCCUUUCUGUGCUUUAGUCGACUGUGUUUUUUCCCCCUCCAAAUACUGGUGUUGGGCACACUGGCGAUCCAUCCACAGAUGCUAUAGAAAGUCCUGUGGUCCUUCUGUCUCUCAGUAUUACCUCAUUCUCUUCUGGUUAACUCCCACUGACUGUCUCUGAGUCAGGCAGCCUCCAUAUCCUAUGGUGUCUGCUGUUAAAGGCCAGCCAUGACUCAGAGUAUUUUUUUUUUAAAGGCCUUUGCAAGCAAUUAUAAUUCACUGUCCUUAAUAAAAAUGGUUCCACCUCACCACAGUGUUAUGUUUUUCUUAGUCACUCCUCAUCUUGAGGAGUUACUGGUGUUUGUUUCCCACAAAGGGACACACCAUUUUGCCUGAUAGCAGCAGGACAGACAGAUCAUCAGCACCUAUAUUGCUGCACUGAUGAAAUGGUGUGGGGAGAAAUCAGGGAAGUCUGGUUCAGGAACGCUCUUCACUCAAGAGCCUUGGUUGUGACCCAGCGCUUUGCUUUGAAGAAAAAAAGUCUGUAUUACAGAAACAUUCCUUAUUGCCACUGAUCUUGAAUACUGCUGUUGCUGCUCUGGGCUUCUGAAAACAACUUCCAUUCCUCUGCUUGAAUUUCUGCAGUUGUACUGUAUUGGCCUUCUGUCUUGUUGUGCUGUUCUCUGAGCUCCAGUCUGCUGGAUGUGCACUGGCAGUGUUAGACUGAUAGGAAGGUAAAUGAUCUGAGGUGAGCAAGUCUUUUUCUCAGCACUUGCACAUGUACACACAAAUGUGCAAUAUACCUUGUGAUACUCAGAGUGACUGUUCUUAUAAAAAACCACUAAAUUUAUUUUUCUAGGCCUUGUAUUUAUUGCUGCAGAUGCUAAUUCCCUCCCCCACCCCACAACACCCUUAGCUUUUCUCAUUUUUACAGUUAUUUGAUGCAUGAAUACUGAAUGUUCAGGAUUACCUGCCUGUAUCGCACAUUUAAAUCCCACAUUUUUGUCUACAGAUUGGAUUAGAUGUCCUAGAAAUGUCCCAGCUACUGGCAGCUUAGGUGUACAGUUUGGAAAGCUUGUGGGAGGCCUUGGAGGUCAGUCUGUUAUGUUCAGAGCCUACCAAAAUCAGUCAAGCUUUCUUCCAGAAAACCUUACAGAAAUUUCAGGUGAGCACAACUAGAGCACAAUUGCUGGCUACAUGGGCUCAUUUUCCAAAGCAAUAAGAUAUGGUAGGCAGUACGACUUUUUGGCCAUGUCUAGCUUGCCUGAUGUGCUAGUGGGUAAUGCGAGUUCAGAGGUCAGCAUAACUUUCCUUAAUCUGCAGCGGUUGCUCAGAAAUUUGUUGUCACGCUUAUGGCCCUUUGUGGAGCAUGAAACAGCUGUUUGGUGGGCACUUCCUAUGUGAUGGAAGUGUUGCUGCUGAGAGGUCUGGUUGCUUCAGUGAUAGCCCUGAUUUUAAAGCCAUUUCUGAAUUCUCCACUGAGCCCUAGCAAAGGGCACCACAAUCCUUGCUCCUUUGCUUUCUAAAUACUCUCUCUCCAUAUUCACAAGCCUUUUCUUAUGUGUGUGUGUGUUUUUUUAAUACCUAAUGAACAAAUGUUUGGUUUGCCUGUGUGUUUGUUUCAGUAGAGAGUAAAUAUCUUUGUUUCAAAAUCCGUAAUUUUGAUUGUACCCCUUAGAGUUUGAAGCAGUGGAGACGUUGCUCAAGUGUGCUCUGUCCUGAAAGCCUUCUCUCCCCUUAAGAGAGAUGCUAAUUGUGGUUCUGGUGUGUAAAUAGUGUUUGAAAUGUAAAUAGUAGCAUGCAGAUUAAAUGAUUCUUGCACAUGACUGCUUUUCACCCUCGAAAUGAUUACAUUGACAAGCAAGAUGUCCACCGUGUGACUUUACUGACCGAACCUGAGUGCAGUAAGUGGCCGUUUGUGCUUUGCCUCGUCCUGCCGGUGAGGCAGAAGCUCUUUAGUCGCCUGCCACCUAGUGUCUCCGGGCCCACUUGCAGCAAGCAGUCGGAGAGGGUGAAGCUCUGUUAGUAACAGGACCUCCCUUGCAUUUUCCCUUCGCUACUUGGCAUUAGGAGAAUAGUAUUAGACUGUAAACUGGAGAAUCAAAGUCGGCGCCCCCCUACCAGUUUUGGGAGGUAACCAUCACUUGCGGCAGGACUAAGCUUGGUGCUAUUUGAAUUGCUGUCGUCAUGGACAGCAGUCUUGGCAAAUUAAUAUCUGCAUUUUUACUUCAUUAGAGAUGUCCUUGGCAAAAUUGAUUCUGAUGAACAACGUUGAUCACAAGAGAAAUUCUCAUAUGUAUUCUUAAUUCAGUUUCCUUUCUUGUUGUAUGUGUGCCAUUUGGGUGCAUUGCAGUGGUAGUUCUGCAAAUGAUUAGAGGGGAGUUUAAGAUCUCAACAGGUGUCAAGAACUGGUGAGCAUUCCAGUUUCUCUCUCCCAUUUUUGUUUUCUCUCUGAAGCUUUUUGGGGUGUCUGUAAUUGGUAGCAAAACUGUAUAAUGCAAACAAAAGAAUCUACAUUGGUAGAUCUGCUAUGUACCAAAUUUUGCCACUUGAAGAAAAUAAAAAUCUUCUUCCCUUAACAUGAAGCAACAUUGUGACUGCCAGCAUGCACCAUGCAGGUGUUCAGCAAUGUCAACUGUGUUUCGGCAAUACAAAGUUGAUGACAAGAAGUUCCGUCUGUAUGUAUGUAUGUUCAUGUUCAUUCUUUGUACUUAACAGAGAUGGACCUGAUACUGCCUUGAUCUCUGGGGAGGCUGAGGUUUGGGUUUUGUGGCUCAGAUCCAUCUCUGAUAAGUGUGUUCCAGAUCAGUUCCAACUGAAUCUCUGCACUUGGUUCAUCCAAUGGCAUAAGGAAAGGUGUUGAUAUUUACCCUUUGUGUAUCAUUCCUUUUUAUAUGAAUGUAUUCUCUUGUGUUCCUUUUUUAUCAGAUGUAAAAUUGAUUGUAAAAGCCAACUACACUUACUGAUUGAAAGUAUUGCUAUAACAGAACUGCAUGCCCAGUAGAGUUUGACUUGAGCUUUAGUUAUCUGAUUUCAGACCAGUUAUCUUCGGUCUAGGAGAAAAGCAUAGAUCAGGUGCAUAUGUAUUGUCAUCUUUAGCAUUAGACUGUGGUAUUGUAUCACAUGCUGAUCUCAAUGGAUGUAACUGGAGUAUACUUAGGAAGUUAAUGAUACUUCCUGGUAAUUCAUUUUAAGCUAUUGAAAGUGGUCUUGGUCAUGCUACUUGUGUUCUUGGGUUUUUGUUUUUUAAUAGAUGCAUUUUUUUAAGUAUGUUUUAAUACACUUAUGAUGGGCAACACAAUAGUUUUAAUAGUUGUGCAGUACUCUGUAUCUACUUGAAGUAAAUCAUUUUAUAUGCAAUUUGUUAGAUAAUUACAAUUUUAUAAAUAAAAUUGCGUGAAAUACGG